AUGCGAGAAGAGAAAGCAGAGGAAUCAAGAAAUGGUGAAGCAACAGCACACACUAGCGACUGUUCCCAAGGUCAAAUCCCACCACAAGGAAAAGUACUCAAAAAAGUUCAAGUUGUGGGUUGGACAUUCACCACCACUCACCCGUUUACACAACCAUCGCCAUCUUUUAUUCACAGGUGUCGGCAAAACUGUAACGGUUUAUCAUGUGCUUGGACAUAUUUUAUGAGUAAGAAAGAAGCAAGUUUGGCUUCUGAAUGUGCACGUGUAUGCAGCAAGCUUAAAACAAUGAAGUUUUGGGAUAAAUAA